CUUCCCUCUCUCUCUGUCUCUUUCUACUAAUUUCUGCCUGUACUGAACAUACAUUCACAAGAGGAGUGGAAGAGAUGGCAGUGGCUGAAACACAACUAUAUUCGAAGGUUUUGAACAAAGUCAAAAACAGAAGCACCUGCGCUUUACUGGAAUCCCUCUUAUCUAUGGGAUUCCCUGCACAUACAGCGCAAAAAGCUUUGGCUGCUACUGGACACAAGACAGCAGAAGAGGCUUCAAAAUGGUUGCACUCUCAUUGUAAUGAUCCUUCUUUGGAUGAUCCAAUCCCUCAGGAAUAUGCUCUCUAUUUGUGCCCAACUGGACCCUUGCAUGACAAACUGCAGGAAUUUUGGAAAGAGAGCAAGAACCAAUGUGCAAGAAACAAAGCCCAUGAGAUAUUCCCCCACAUAACUCUUUGUGAUUUCUUUACGUGUGAAGAUCGGAAAGUGGAAUUCUUGCAUGAAGCCCUAAAGAAAGUUGGUGACAGGUUUUUAAAUGUGUUCCCACCUGCCAUUUCUCUAUCACUACAUUCGUCUGUCAGCUACCUUGGUUUCUUCAUUAAUGAUGCCCAUGCAAAUGUCAUCAAAGAGUUUGCUGCGGCCUUUGCUACUGAGGCAUCAAUCUUGGCAGAUUGCCGCGUGAAACCCUGCACAAAGCAGCUGCACCUUACUCUGGCUCAUAAGUUUUAUCCUCACCAUCAAAAGACUUUGGAACAAUUGGCCAAAUCUAUCAACCCGGGACAGAGCUGCCUGUGGACAGCUGCUCUGUAUUCUAGAGAUAUGCGCUUUGUAAAUUACCAGAUCUUGCAAGCACUCUUCCAAUACAAGCCUCAGAACAUUGAUGAACUAAUGCUGAAUACUGGAGAUUUGAUAUAUGUUGACCGAUCACAACAAUCCGAUGUUAGUGAUGGCUGGGUAAUUGGUACCUCGCACCGGACUGGCUGCAGAGGAUUUCUUCCUGAAAAUUACACAGAAAAAGCCAAUGAGUCAGAUACUUGGGUUAAACACAGAGAAUACACUUUCACUCCAGCUUCAGGACUGCUCCCCAAGAACGAAAAUGAACCUAGACGUAAACUGAACGGUGAAGUCUAUAACCCAAUGACAAAGAGUGUGACCCAAACCCUUGCUUUCCAGCUUUCUCAGACUGUUGCUCUCAGAAGAGGCCUGUUGGUGAUGCGGCAUGGGGAGAGAGUGGAUCAUGUUUUUGGGAAGUCCUGGAUUCAGCAAUGCUUAACUGCAGAUGGAAAAUACCACAGAGCAGAUCUGAACUUCCCUGCCAAUCUACCAAAACGAAGAGACGGCAUCAAACAUUUUGAAUAUGAUCCUCCUUUAUCAUGCUGUGGUGUUUUCCAGUCUAGACUUGUAGGAGAAGCUCUGCUGGAGAAACAAGAGACAGUUAGCCAUGUAUACUGUUCCCCUGCCCUCCGCUGCAUACAGACAGCUCAACACGUGCUAGAAGGGCUUAAAUUAGGACAAAAAAUUAAAAUCAGGGUAGAACCUGGACUCUUUGAAUGGACGAAAUGGGAGGUCAACAAAAUAAUUCCCUCUUUUAUGGCACUGACAGAACUGAUAGAGGCUACUUACAAUAUAGAUCCCAGUUACAGUGCCAUGCUGCAUUAUUCCCGCAGUGCACAGCCAAACCCAGAAAAUCACUCGGUUAAUAAACGUACCUAACUCUGGGCUUUUCCAUGUGUGGACAAGUAAAAAAAGUGUUGUGUCCUUAUGGUAUUUCUCAACACAGAGCAAAAUCCUUAGUUUAAGAGUGAGUGAAUAGACAAACCCUUUCAUUUUCCUAGGUUCAAAACUAUUCACAGCAGAGUUACUACUUUUCCUAGUUUCUCACUUUCCAUACAAACUCACUAAUCUAAAAUAAAUAAAUAAAUCAAUAAAUCAGUUGAUAUAAGAUUCCAUAGAGACAGGCCAUGAUUGAAAAUAGGUAAAGUGCUUAAUGGGUGGAAGGGAAAACUAUAAAGUGUUGCAACAUUGGAGCCAGUCAGCAUCUGAAUAACCUAAACAAACUAUAAAUAUGCAUUUUGAACAUCAGUGAAAACAGUAUAGUGUCCUUCCCCAGGGUACUGGAUAAUAACAUGAGAGAUCUCCAUGUUUCUAAAACAAAACUGUCUGUUUAUUAAGAGAACUGUUUGUAAGAUGCCACAACUGCAGAUACCAUUCUAGUCAUAUGUACGCAGACUGGCUUCCUGGUGCCUUUUCCAAAACCUUCUUUGCUGAAACCUGUGCUCCUUCCUCCAAAUUUCAUUCAGAAGUAUAGCUCACAUUUCUACUCUCUCUAUCCCCACCCCACAUGAAUGAUUAUAAGAGGCUAUUAUUUCCUAGCUCCGGUCAUCUGCCAUAAAUCAGCGUUAAAAAAGGUUAAUUCCUGUCACAUGGUCAGGGUCAAAAUCCACUGUCUCCAGUAGCUACUGUUACCAUAUUCUCCCAAUGCAUGUAACUUUGCAACCCCAUUCCUUCCAACUCCUUUGGCUCCUCCUGUCUUCAGCAUUUUCACUAUUAUUUCUUUUGGGAAGAGCCAUUGCACUUGUUUCUUUUCUAUGUUUAUGGCCAGGCCAACUGAGGUCUAAGCUUUGCUUUUUAACUCCAUUACUGACUCUUGCUCAGUAAUGCUGAUCCUUGCUAUCGAUAUAUAGAUAUUGUAUUCCUCAAAUACUCCAUCGCCAUGGGGGCUAUCCAAAUCAGUAAACACUAUCAAGGUUUCACAUCACUCCUAGUACUGUUUGCAUAAGAUAGCAUCUCUAGGUCACAGAAGAGUCAGUGAAGUCUGUAACCUUCCUGAAAGGACUGUGUUCAGUAGUGAGAUUUCUGCAAAGUCACAUAAGAUAUCUCUACCCACUGAUUGACAUUUAGAUUAUUUAAGUAAAAGUUGUGACCUUCUUCUGGUCAGGACCCUAAUCACACCCCAUCAGUGAAAUUACUCAGUCUAACUUAAACUGAUCACUAAUGGCAUUAAAGAAGCAGCAUUGUCUAAUGGAUAUGGUGCUGGACUGGGUGUUAGGGUACCUGGGUUCUGUUCCUGAAUCAGCCACUGAUCUGUUAGGCAAAUCACUUAACCUCUCUCCUUCUGUUUCCUCUUUCACAUUUUGUCUUUCUUGUCUAUUUAGAUUGCAAGCUACUUGGGGCAGGGACUGCUUCCACACAUAUCCAAUAUGUACAGUACCUACAGUAUGGAGCUUUGGUCUCACUUGGUGUCUCUUGACACUACUGUAAUACACAGAAUGACCUACUAUCAAUGAUCACACACUGAAAAAUAUCUGUAUUCCUCACAGAUUUUUAGUCACUAUUUAUUCCCUGCUUUCUGAAUUGGUGCUUGGAUUCUAUGUUGAAUGGGUCCCUGUAAAAGUAGAGGAGGAAGGCUUAACCAUCUAUCUAUUUAUUGUAUCUCUUAUUUAGUGAUGGUCCCAUGGUUUAAAAGCUCUGAGAACAGUCUGAAAUUCACUUUUGUACUGUAUGACAGGUAUACUACAAUAGCCCUACAAUACAUCAAUCUACUUCCUACCUAUUCACUGCUCAUGUUGCAUGCAGGUUUUAAAUGGGUGAGAUAAGAUGAUCAGAUUCUGAUCUUCUGUAUGGUUGAAAGAAGUUAGCUGGUAUAGUUUCCUGGAACACAGCCAUUGCAUGAGGCAGAGCAACAUGUAGCUGUGCAGGUCUCCAGCUAACAGGAGAGGUGACUUUAUAGAAGGAAAUAAUGAAGGAAAUAAAAACUUUCCUUUGUCCAUUUACUCUAGACUUGAUGGCAGAACCCUAAAUCUUUCAGGCCAGAUCCUCAACUGUUUAGUGGAGAUACGCUGAUUUAUAGCAGCUGAAGAUCUGGCCCUUAAUUUGUAAACACUAUUUUUUACAUGCAGGGAACACCUAUAAGUAAAAGAAACUUUAAGGUCAGAUCUUGAAGGCACAACUGCCCAAAAUCCUAAAACUGGUACACUAUUAAUAAAUAUUCUCACUGGUCUUUAUAAAGAUUUAUUUUGAAGUAAAAAGCAAAAAAGGAUUGUUUAAUUUGUUUUGUCAAAGCAGGCACAGGUAGGGAUUUUUAAAGGGACACUCAAGCCAACGGGCCAAAUCCUGGAAUCAGCCAUUUCAUUGGUGUCAGUGGGAGUUCUGUAUAGGUAAGAACUGAGUACGAACUUCAGGGUUUGGCUCAGUUUUUAAGCCUAAAAUCCAUCCUACAGGGACAAUGAUUUUUUUUAAUGUUCUUGCCUGGAGGAGCCUAUACUUGUAUUUUUUUCCCCCAAACACAAGCAUUUCUAGGGUAUAUUUCUUAUAAACGGCAUGAUCCAUUGUGAAGUUUACUAAGGGACAGAUUCUGCUACCCUUAUUCACAUUGGAUAGUGUCUUGUUCUGUGAGUUCCUCUGUUGGAUUCAGUUGGAUUACUUGCAGAGAAAGCUACUGUUUGGUGUGAGCUGAAGUACCAUGCUUCAGAUCAGUGCAGUCUCUGAGGUAGAGAUGGUGUAUCGGUACCAGUUUGUUUACUGACAAUGUUGAUAAUGUGCCAGUAUACAAAUGUUACCUAGAUGAGUGACUCCUCUGUGGA